AUGCCUUCUCGUGAAGUCGUACAGCAUUUCGAGGACAUUGCCAAAGAAGCCACGGGUGAAGGGCCAAUCCAAGAGAUUACAACUGAAACACCACAAGGCCUGAUAACCAAGCACAAGUGCCUCGCAGCUAGGCCGAACGCGCAGUCAUGUCCACAGCACUAUGACGAUGGGCGACUCCAGGCCAACCAGAAUCGAGUUCAAAGCACGGGCGCUCGCACUCCAUUCUCCAUCGCUGCCGAGAUCGAAGCGCAGGUGGCCGCCACCAAGGCCAGACGAGAAUCUGAGGCCAAGGCGAAAAAUGAGACAUAG